ACUUGAGGCGAAAAAGAAAGUUUAAUGAAAUUGUUGUUAGAUAUGCAAAAACAGAUAAACCUGUUAUACGGCGAAAUUUUAAAUUUGGGAGUUAUGCCAAUCAGUUUUGCACUGGACCUGAAGGGAAGAACAUGCCAAGUAUAAAAAUGCUGUGGAUUUUCCUGCUGGUGUGUUUCCAUCCCGGUUACCUGGAAAGUUCUCGCAUCCUGGCAUUGUUUCCAAUACCGAGUCCUUCACAUUACUUUUUCGUCUUGCCCUACCUAAAAAGUCUGGCCUCCAUGGGCCAUGAAAUAUUCUCUGUGAAUCCGUAUCCUUUGAAAGAGCCGGUAAAGAAUAUAUACGAUGUUCCUGUUCCGGAAGUGUUUGAAAAUUUUGAUGAAUUCGUCAAACGUGUAUUAACUUCCAAAAACACUUGGCAAAGCAAUGACGUUUUUAACGAAUACUCCCUAAACCUCACGGACACAGUGCUAAAUAAUGAGGGCGUACGUCGAGAGAUUCUCAGCCCCAAAAGUGCCCCAUUCGACCUGAUCAUAGCGGAUCUUUGGCGGAUCGACGCUCUCUGUGGUCUUGCAGCCCACUUGGAGGCCCCCAUAAUUGGAGUGGCUCCCUAUGGAACUGACUGGAAGAUCGACGAACUAGUUGGUAAUAGCUCUCCGAAUUCGUACCUCCAAUCUCCUUACUCUCAUUUUCACGAUCUGGAGACUUAUAGAGGACGUCUGGCACAGUUUGUGGAACAAUCUAUUUCCUGGAUUAACUAUAAAUGGCGGCAUGUAGAAAAACUGAAGGCUCUCCAAAAGAAGUACUUCCCGAAUAUAGCUAAGAUUCCGCGAAAUUUUGCCUUGGUUUUGGUCAACCAGCACUUCACCCUGGGUCCUCCACGUCCAUAUGUCCCGAAUAUGAUUGAAGUGGGUGGACUGCAUGUAGAUCAAAAUCCGAAGCCUUUACCCAAGGAACUGGAGGACUUUAUCCAAGGGGCUGGCGAUGCUGGAGUCAUCUACUUUUCUCUGGGCACCAAUGUCAAAAGCAAAUCUCUGUCUGAGGAUCGCCGAAAUGUCCUGCUCAAUACCUUUGCCAAUCUACCUCAGCGAGUCCUGUGGAAAUUUGACGAUGAGCAACUGCCAGGAACAUCCGCGAAUGUUUUUAUUAGCAAAUGGUUCCCGCAGCAGGAUAUUCUAGCCCAUCCACAAGUAAAACUCUUUAUAACCCACGGAGGAUUGUUGAGCACUAUAGAGAGUAUUCACCAUGCAAAACCUAUGUUGGGCAUGCCCUGCCUUUUUGACCAAUUCCGCAAUAUGGAACAUGUUCAACGACUGGGUCUGGGCUUAACCUUAAACCUACAGGAAAUGACUGCAGAGGAAUUCAAUUCAACCAUUGUAAGGCUGCUCACUGAGAAGAGUUUCGAUGUCAUAGCAAAAACUACGGCUGCCAGAUAUCGGGACAAGCCCAUGGGACCAAUGGAAACAGCCAUCUGGUGGACGCACUACGUCCUGCGGCACAAGGGAGCUGCUCAUAUGAGUGUAGCCGGCAAGGAACUGGACUUCUUUAUAUACCACAGCCUGGAUGUCCUGGGCACUUUUUUGCUCGCCUUUCUCGUUACCUUGGGAAUUUUAUCUAUUUUUAUAUUUAAAACCUUGAAGAGGUUUAAG